AUCCCUCAUGGAUUCUUCUUCUCGAAGUUCUCAGCAGCGUUUUCUUCGAAGGCCUAGUAGCGAAUUACUUUCCGUCUCCUGCACUCUGUACUUGUGCGAACGCGACUUCCUGCUCCAUAGGUACGUUCUGAGAAGCAGUGAAUGUAGACCCACGACUCUCACGCGCCAAGGCUUCGGCUCUGUGUGGGCUCUGGGCCGCUCUACUGCCGCAUACGUGGGCCCCUCUCCUCGAGAAUUAGAGUCCAGGUUCUGCACCUCUCUCAAUCCCGUGUGGGUCUCUAACGUUUGAGGGCCUCCGGGACGCAGCACAGGCUGUUCCAGGUUCUGUGGAGUCAAUCCCGUACAGGCCUCCGACGUUUGCGGGGCUCCGGACUCAACAAACACGGUACCAAUUGGUUGAUGUUGACGCUGAUUCUUGUUGGCACCAUGUUUCCCCUCUCCCCAUGGCUGUGUAGCUUCAUUUAUCAUUCACAACCCGUAAUAACCUCUGCCCAUUGCUGUAACUCGGCAACCCCACCACCAGGCAGGCCCGCACCAACCUUAUCCCUAUCACUGCCGUCUCAUCCAUCCUUGCUUGAUCCGCCCAUGGUUUCUCCGCUGGCUGUUUAUGCUCCAUGACCGUCAUGCACCCAUUGAUUGUGCGUUCGUCUUUUGCAUUUUUCCCAAUACCUUUCCACCAACCUGGCUGUCCGCUUAUUAUGGACCAGCACAUUAGUACUGUUACCCACCAUUUUCAAGCCCGUCACCCUGCAGAGAAUCGUGAUGGCGCGCCGUUGCCUUCCUCGGUCCAGCACCAUGGCAAAUGCUCCACCUGUCACCAGCUCCGAACCACUGCCCCCCUUGGAAUCUGUGGACGAUUCGUGGUGGCAUUCAUCUGAACUUAGCCGACUUCCUGUUCCUAUGCCGCCACAAUCCCCCCUUGCUGGGUGGCCAUUGGUUAUUACCCUUGCAAAUGUUCCUAUUUAUCCAAACCUAGUACACCAUGCGGUGCAGGUCCCAGCUAACUCUGCACCCUCAAAUUAUACGGCUUAUGUCCUCGUCGACCUGGAGCCUUUGCCCCAUGAUGCAGCAUGAUGUACUGUUGUCUCCAUUUGUGGCUAAUAAAAUCACAUGCUGUCC